AGUGCGUGCGAGUCGGAUCGCUUCACCGGAAGUAGUGCGCGAGAGUUUCCGGAGCGCUAAAAUAACGGCAGAACGGAUUUUCUGUGGGACAAACGCACCGGCGUCGCGGCUAAAGCGAUGCCUCGCUCUCGGCGGUUCCCGUCGUACGACAGACGCCUGCGCAGACGCCAGAGCCGCAGACGCUCCUCAUCGUGCAGCAGCAGCAGGAGACGCCUCCGAGACAGACGCAGGAGACAGCGCUCCAGGAGUUUUGGACAUAUAAGCUGCGAGAGGAACGGCACGCUCACUGACAGCUUCUUCAGACAUGACUUCUGUGCGGACCGAGACGCCGGAGCGGAGCAGAGGAGCAGACGCCGCAGAACUAGAACACGCUCGUACAGUCAGAGCCGCUCUUUAUCAUCUCAGAGUAACUGUGGUGUGCGAGCGUGGGCUGUGAAGGAUGACGAGGAGGGUCAUCUCAUCUAUCGGACAGGAGACGUGCUGCAGGACAGAUAUGAGAUCGUGGGGACGCUCGGGGAGGGAACCUUUGGGAAGGUGGUGGAGUGUGUCGACCAUCACAGGGGAGGCUGUCACAUCGCUCUGAAGAUCAUCAAGAACGUGGAAAAAUACAAAGAAGCAGCUCGCCUGGAGAUCAACGUCUUGGAGAAAAUCAACCAGAAAGAUCCAGAAAACAAGAAUCUGUGUGUGCAGAUGCUGGACUGGUUCGACUAUCACGGUCACAUGUGCAUCAGUUUUGAGCUGCUAGCUCUCAGUACCUUUGACUUCAUGAAGGAGAACCAUUAUCUGCCCUACUCCAUCAGUCAGGUGCGACACAUGGCCUACCAGAUCUGCCUCGCCGUCAAGUUUCUCCAUGACAACAGGCUGACACACACAGACCUCAAGCCAGAGAACAUCCUGUUUGUGAACUCGGAAUAUACGGUCACCUACAACACAGAGAAGAAGCGGGACGAGCGCUGUGUGCUGAACACUGCUGUGAGGCUGGUGGAUUUCGGCAGUGCCACGUUUGACCACGAGCAUCACAGCACCAUCGUUUCCACCCGACACUACAGAGCGCCGGAGGUGAUUCUGGAGCUGGGCUGGAGUCAGCCGUGUGACGUCUGGAGUAUCGGCUGUAUUCUGUUUGAGUUCUACCGCGGAUACACGCUCUUCCAGAUAAAUGCAGCCUUGACUCAUGAUAACAGGGAGCAUCUGGCCAUGAUGGAGCGAGUACAUGGACCUGUUCCUUCCAGAAUGAUCCGGAAAACGAGGUCAGGAAACACUCUGAGUGUUCAUUGGUGUUGUCAGAAUCUGAGUCUGUCCACCUGA